CACAUAAGCGCGUUGCGGCGCCGCGCCGCUGAAAUCAGCAGUGCGCUAUAGCGGUGCGGCGCCGCAACGCACGACGCGAAUUCCAGCGUUAUGACGUCAUACUUGUUGACAAGGAUGCAGUUUGUUUCUAACACUCUUGCAAACAACAUGUGUCAACCGAGAAGCAGUUUUAAAAUUAAAAUGUCUGACGUUGACGUCGAUCUGUUUAUUAUAUCUUCGGUUCAGGAACACCGUUGUUUGUGGGAUACUAGUGACAAAACCUAUAAAGACAAAUUUAUAAAACAAGAAGCAUGGAAAAGCAUUUGUGAGAUCUUUUAUGUUGAUUACAAGGAAAAAAACUCAACCGAAAAAUCAAAACUGGGUAAUGAUUUAGUCAAGAAGUGGAAGGCCAUAAAAGAUAAUUUUGCUAAAUAUCAAAAAAAACUAAAAGAUGCCAAUCGAUCAGGAGCUGGAGCUGCAAAAAUUAAAGAAUAUCACUUGAAUAAACAAUUACAGUUUUUGAAAAAGGUUUCACAAAAUGCAACUGAUUCCAGUUUAUGUGUAACGGAAGGAGAUAUUGAGAAUGAAAUAACGGCAUUGCCUCGUUAUAAAAGUCAACCACGAAAACGAAAGGCAGAUGAUAAGGAUGAUAUUGAAGAAGAUUUAUUGGCAAUAUUAAAAACACCGGAGAAUAGACAUUUGCAUUUUUUCAAGGGGAUUUUACCAUCUCUACAAACGUUAAAUGAGAAUCAAACAUUGAUAUUUCAAAGUCGGGUGCUUCAAAUAUUAACGGACAUUCUUCAACCUUCAAUUCAUCAAAAUACACAUCACGGCUAUAAUCAAGAAUAUCAGCAUCAGGGUUAUAAUCAAGGAUAUUCAACUAUGAGAUACGAUAAUACGGUUCAGAGUGGCUACCACACUUCUACUCCUGGAAGUUCGAUUACUGAACAGAGGACUACCUCAUCAUCAAACCAACAACGUCCAAUAAAUUCACCAUUUUUACUGGACGAAACGUCAGCUACUUCCUAUGUUUCACAAGAUGAGGAGUUUGAUUUUUCUUAAAUUGAUCAUUACAUUUUUUAAGGCCUAUUUAAGUAUUCUUAAAGUAAGAAAAUUGUAUAAUGCAAAAAGCUUAAUUUGAUUCUGUCUUGUUUCAUUUGAACCUGGCUUUGUACCACUAGGUACCCCCAAACCAUGAACACUAGUGAUGCAAAAUUUUUAUCGACACCCCGCUAGUACCACAGGUGUAUAAAGCCAGGGGUACAAAUAAAACUAAACAUUUGAUUCCGAGUGCCAUAAACAUCAAUAAAAAAAAAAUAAGAAACCUAUUUGUUUUACCUUAAAGUUAAGCCCAGCAUUUCCAAAGCAGUAACUGGUUUCCUUCCUUUAUUUUUUUUCUUCUGUAUAUAUUUUGAUAACUCGCUUAAUAGCUCUUCAAAUGAUGAUAUACUCAUUCUAAAGUAGGCAACAAAUUUUUUUUCGUCUAUCUUUAAUGCUUCGUAUUUUUUAGAAAAGAACUCGCCAUUUGGAUUCAUACCCUUACUUAAUGGAUGUAUCCAGUAUCUUCUUUGCCGUAUUUUUAAGAUAGAAUAAUGUCUUCUUAAUAACAAAUAAGCAAUAAGUUUAUUACGAUCCAUCGCAGAGAGACGUCUAUCCACACUCAAAAAUCACGAGAAAAUGGUUACCCUACCAUAAUGCCCUGUUUCGCGACGCCGAAACACAUAACGCAACUGCCGAUUUUGGCGUUGCGG